AUGUUUACCUUCCCUGCUUCCCACAUCCAGAGCCGACCGCUCACAGAGCACAAGGUCAUGGUCGAGUUCGGAGCCUUUGUCGGCUACACCGCAUGCCGGAUGGGCAGGCAGGUGGAGUUGGCGUAUCAACAGGGCUAUGCAGAUGGGACGAUUUUGUUUGAGGAUUCCAGAUUGCAGGGAUCAAACCGGAUUACAACCAUGGAGAUCGACCCUAUUCAUGCUUGCAUUGCACGGCAUGUGAUUGACAUUGCCAGACUCUCCCAUAUCGUGGAAGUUUGGAUUGGCCAGGUGAAGGACCUUAUCCCCCGCCUUGUUGAGGAAUACGGGUGUCGCAGCGUCAACAUGGUUUUCAUGGAUCAACGUGGAACGACAUUCCACGACGACCUCUCGCAGUUGGAGGAGCUGAACUUGAUGUUCCCAGCGUGCCGGCUGGUGGCUGACAACACCGUGAAGCCGGGUUCACCGGUGUACUGUUGGCACACGACGACGAGCGAAAGUUACACCACAACAAACUACAGUUUGCAUGAGUAUCUCGAAGCCACGAUCGAGGAUUGGCAAGUAGUCUGCGACUACAACGGUCCACUGGCGGGGUCCAUGGGUCGAGAACGGCCCUUGCCAUGGGAGGAGCCAGACAUUCCAGAGUGUAGAGAUUGGUAA